CUAGGGGCAGCCGCGCUCCGCGCACCGCAGUUGCUCCUGAGCUGCCCGAGCGGGAGGCCGCUGGCUGCCCCGCUCCGCUGCGCGCCCGCGUCCCCUUCUGGAGCUCUUUGCGGAUCCCGUUCAGUCUUCGCUGGCUGGCUUGACUCGAGGUGCCGGAGGCAAAGGUAUCUUCGUUCCCUGCUUGUGCGGACUCUUCCUGGAAGUGAAGUUGUGGAAUCCUGACCUCCUGGCAGUCCCAACCUCGGGGUUUGGGCGUGAUCACUAAUGGGCAAGGGGUUUGGGCUCCUGAGGAAAACCUGCCAGUCAGUUGUGGCUGAGUCUCAGCGGUCUUCAGAACUGGAGGAAGAGGAGAGCAUGAAGAAGAAGAGAGUGUUCCCUAGAGAACAUGGCAGUGCCUGGGACCACCCUCACGGUCUGGUUGGUUUACACAACAUUGGACAGACCUGUUGCCUUAACUCCUUGAUUCAGGUGUUCAUGAUGAAUGUGGGCUUCCGGAAGAUAUUGAAGAGGAUAACAGUGCCACGGGGGGCGGACGAGCAGAAGAGGAGCGUCCCUUUCCAGCUGCUGCUGUUGCUGGAGAAGAUGCAGUCCAGCCGGCAGAAAGCCGUGCUGCCUUUGGAGCUUGCUUACUGCCUCCAGAGAUACACUGUGCCCCUGUUCGUCCAGCAUGAUGCUGCCUAUCUCUACCUUACGCUCUGGAACCUGACUAAGGACCAGAUCACGGACGUGGACUUGGCAGAGCAGCUGCAGGCUCUGUUUACAAUCUGGACCAAGGAGUCCCUCAUUUGCGUAGGCUGUGCCGCCGAGAGCAGCAGAAGCAGCAGGCUGCUCACUCUCUCUCUUCCUCUUUUUGAUAUGGACACCAAGCCCCUGAAAACACUGGAGGAUGCCUUGCGAUGUUUCUUCCAGCCCAAGGAGUUAGCAAGCUCAGACAAGUGCUUCUGUGAGAACUGCGGGAAGAAGACGCCUUGGAGACAGGUUCUGAAGCUGACUCGUUUGCCCCAAACCCUGACCAUCCACCUCAUGAGAUUCUCCAUCAGGAACUCACAGACAGAAAAGAUCUGCCACUCAGUACAUUUCCCCCAGAGCUUGGAUUUCAGUCAGGUUCAGCCAACUGAGACGGACGUUGGUGAUACCAAGGAGCAGUCUGCGGUGCACUAUGAACUCUUUGCUGUGGUCGCCCAUGUCGGGAUGGCUGACUUUGGUCAUUACUGUGCCUACAUCCGGAAUCCUGUGGAUGGAAAAUGGUUCUGCUUCAACGACUCACAUGUUUGUUGGGUGACCUGGGAGGAUGUCCAGUGCACCUAUGGGAAUCACAGAUACCGCUGGCGGGAAACUGCUUACCUCUUGGUUUACAUGAAGACUGAGUCCUGACGUAUGUACUCACACCUUCGUGGGAUGAUAGACUCUUGUUUCCUCUCCCGUUCCCACAUCUGCUGCGUUUUCAAUGAGAAUAAUAAUUUAAAAUCCCGUAAUUAAACCUUAUUUAUAAGCGAGAGUUGUCAUUGCCAAGACUUGGAGGUGGUUUGUCUCCUGAAAGCUCAUGUGCAGAAGGCUUGGGCCUCAGUAUAACGGUGUUUUAAGAGAGGGCCCAGUGAGAGGUAAUUGGUCUAGAGGAUCACUUCUCUUCUGUGCACUCAUAGUUCCUUUUCUGUUUCUCUACCAUAACAUGAUGCAACCUGGGGGUCCACAACAUGAUGCCAGAGCCAUUGCUGGUUGGAUCCCCCAGCCUUCAAAAUUCCGAGUCAAAUAAAUGUCACUAAAUACUG